AUCAUCGGGACCGUUUGUUUCGCGGGCCAAACGUCGCACGCCUAAAACGUUAAUUGAUAACAACGACUGUUUAUAUCCAAGGCGUCUGUUACAAAAAUCGUAAACCGUAGUGCCGUCCAGUUGGUGUUUUUUUUUACUGUAGGUAUGGUUUGUCUUGUUUAACCGCCGUUUGUGUUUGAUAAUUCGACUGCCGCUAUUAAGGGUAAUACGAUAAUAAUUAUCGUGACCAUCAGUUGAAUGCCAAUUUGUUCGUUUGUCGUUUGUUUUAAUUCUCUGUGAAAUUCCUUUGUGUUCCUGCGACAAUGGGGUGCACAAUAAGUUCGAACGAGAAAGAAGCCGUGGAACGAUCAAAAAAAAUCGACAAGUCAUUGCGGGCCGACGGUGAGAAAGCUGCAAGAGAAGUUAAACUGCUGCUGUUGGGUGAGUUGUAAUCCGUUAACUAUCCGUAAUUUUAACCCAAAUGCGAUGGUUGACAUUAAGCGGUAGGUACAUUAAAAUUUUACCUCAAUAAUAUCUGUUAUAAUUGGUACUGUUUGAAGGUACUGUAUUCAUUAAUGUAGGUAAUAUAAUUGUUCAAUUAUUUUUCCUGUGCGUAGGCAUCACAAAUUUUAAUUAAUAUUAUCCAAAUAAAAAUGUGUGUAUAGCUCAUUUACCACUCUAUGAUGUGGUCCCAAAACAUCAAUUUACAAAUACUAUAAUGUACAUAAAUAACAAAAUUAAAUUUGUAUAUUUUACACUUUAUUAAAUAUAUAAUAUCCGUAGAAGGUAAUGGUUAUGUUUUGUUAUUUAUAAAAUUUGUUGAGUUUAUGGAAAUUAAAAACUACCUGUAGCAUAUUGUUUUAAUAGAUUCACUAUUUAAUAAUAUGGUGAUAAAAUUAGAUGUUUAAUGAAAUAAACAAAUUCUAUUUUAAAAUGUUGUAAAUGUUUUAAAACAUUGUAUCUAUUCAUGUAGAUUAUUUUUUAUUUAUUUACUUAUAAAUAAUAAGUAGUACAUACGUGUCAUAACUUUAUACAUAACAGUUAUAAAUAUAUUACCCCUAUAAACCUAAGUUUGUGUUUGAGUAAAGUUAUCAUUCUAAUUGUAUACUUAUAUAACAUAUAUUCUUUGUAUUCAAUCCAAGGAUUGGUUUGUAGAAAUUCUCCAUUCUUCCCUGCUAACUUGCCCUUCUUUGUACUACUUCAUAAGAAUUACACCUUAGACCCUAAUUAUCUGUCACGUCAUAUACUUUAGACGUGGUUUUCCCCCAUCAUUUUUACCUUCCACACACCCUUCAAUGACUGGUUCCGGCAACUCGCCAUUUCUCAGUACAUGCCCAAUCCAUUGUUUUCUUUUUUUUUCAUUCCACAAUUCUAUAGAGUUCUUCCUUCCUGUAUUUUUUCUAAUACUUCCUUGUUAGUUAUGUCCGUCCACCUUAUCUUCAACAUUCUUCUGUAGCGCAAUAUAUCAAAAACAUUUUAUUCUUCUCUGUUAUUCCUUGGGAAUUGCUCACAUUUCACUGCCAUGUAGCAUUAUACUUCAUACAUGCGUUUCAGAAGGUUUAUUUCUUGAAGUACAAUACCCUUUCUAUACCAUAUAUAAGUAUGUCAAACUACAUGUUAUCUUCUACCAUUUCACUCGAUAGUGUUUUGCUCUCAAUAACUCUAUGUAAAAUGAAUAGUUUUUUUUGUUAUUUCGAGUACACAAAUAAUAUUUUUUUCACGUUAAGAACAGAAAAUUGUGCAGUACACGCAGUAGACAUAUAUAUCUCAUAUUUUCAACAUAACAAGAGUUCACUGUAUAUAAUUAUUUGUUAAAUUACAAGAUAUAUAGACUUAGUAGUUAUGUAUAGACAGCACAAAAAGAAAAAAAAAAACAUAAUUACAGUUUUAUAAGAAACAUUUAAUGACAAUAUUUAAUAAAAUAAACUAAAUUAAAUGUCAGAUGAAUAAUUCUGUGAAUAACCACUUAUAAACUUUUUUUAUCUUUUGCGACCCAAACGAAUUUGUUUUAGUCAAUUUGCAGUUAAUCAAAAUAGUUUGGAUCUAGAUUAUCAACAAGACUUAAAAUAAUUUUUGUUAUUUUCGAUAGUAGUAAUAUAAGCUCUAAAUUUUCUUAUCUGAGAAAAGUAAAUUUGGCUGGUUUUUAUUUUACUGAGUUAAUUAACUACAAAUAAUUGAUUUUGAUAUUACCUAUUCAGGAUAAUUAAAAUUGAACACAAAUUAGAAUAAUUUAUAAUGUAUUUAUACGCACAAAUAUUUGUGUUUUGAUUUUAAGUAUUUCAAUAAGUCAAACAAAUAUCAAAUUUUUACAAAUAGUGCCAAAGAAUUAACAUUUGAAUUAGGUAAAUUAAUUAUUUCUGUUUAUAAAACUCAAAUGUAGGUACUCACAAACUUAUUUAGUAUUAUAAAUAUUUUUAAUUUAAAAAUAAAUCUCAAUACCUACCGUUCAAGUGCUAAUUAAAACUGUACAAUUUUAACUCAUAUACCUACUUAAGCAUUAAUAUUUUAAUAGGUAUCUUAUCUAAGGGAGGGAUAAAUUACUUCUUAAAAUACAUUUUUUAUUGCUAUGAAUGUUAAAUAAUAAUUUGUAGUUAAACUACUAAUAAUUAUUAUUUAUUAGUUCUUAUCAAUUUUAUAAAUUAUAUAUGUAUAGGCAGUUCAAAUACUAAACAUAUUUUUUUAAAAUCGUACAAUUUUAAACUAUAUGUAAACUACAAGAUUAUUAUUUUUUAUACAUAUUUCAAUAAGUUAAAUAAUAACGUAAGUAUUUACAGCAAAGUUAGAAGUACCUAUAUAUUUAUAAAUUAACUUAUUGGAUGAUCUCAUUACUCACAAAAUUCUGAAACACUAUUAUCAGCUUGAUAUUUUUAAAAUGUAUACACAUUAGGACAUUUUUGCCAAAACAACCAAAUAUUUAAUUAAUAAUGACAAUUCAUUUUUUUAAUUAAAAUUUUUUGUCUUCAUAAAAAUACUUUUGAUUUAUUUUUUAGAAGUACAGAUAAACUGUAUGCAAUGUGCCUAAUAAAAUAACUCAAACUAACCUAACACCCACAAAAUAUAAAUAAUUAUGCGUUUUUAAUUAAGUAUUGAUUCUUGAAUUAAAAGAUUUUAAUAUAAUUUUUAAACGACAGACAUACUUCACAUUAUUGGUAGGCCACUGUUGUAGGUGAGAAGUUGGGAAGAUAUAAUAUAAAAGGGAAUUUAUAUCUGUACGCAACAAUAAAUCAUUGCUAACGAAAACUGAUUUGGAGCAAAGUUUCUUUUAUAACAUAUGUCAUUCCUUAAGUUAAUUCAUUGAUAAUAAUGCAUUUAUAGCCUAAUUUGAAUUAUUCUGAUGUCAAUUUUUAAGUAGCAAUACUCCUAACAUACUAUGAGAAAAACAUUUUUAAAAUGUUCGAUUCUGCUAACUUGAUAUGCAUAUACUCAUAUAGCUGUCUGAUGUUACAAUUUUGGACACCCAUUUAUUUUAUGUAUUAUUCAUAUGAUAGGACAACUUUAGAAAAGUAAAGGGAGGGUUCAAACACACAAGAAUGUUUUAUAAAAAAAACAAUUUAAUAGGUUACAGAAUAUUAUACAAAUUAUUGCAUUAAAAAAAAAUAUAAGAAUAUUUUGAUUUUUCUUUAAUAUUGUUUUUCCUGAAAUAAAAAAUUUAAUUAAAAAUUAAGUAUGUAAUAAAAGAUUAAAUUUUAAUGAUUAAUAUUGUAGCGUCAACUAUUAAUUUUUCUUUGAAUUAAAUACAUAUAAAGAUAAUAUAUUUUAUCAAUUUAUUAACCCUACUAUAAAGAAUCUUAUGAUAUGAAAAUUGUUGCAUAAUUUCUGGUUGAAAAGUUGUUCACAGAUAAAGAAAAUAAAGGACAAACAUUAUAAUGAAUUAAUAUAAUUCAUAUUAAUAUUUUAAGUUAUUUAUUUUUUCUUAAAAAUAUUGUUUGUUAAUGUUUGUACUUAAUAUUAAAUUAAUUCUUCUCAUAAAGGUGCUGGUGAAUCAGGAAAAAGUACUAUUGUAAAACAAAUGAAAAUUAUUCAUGAAACAGGCUAUUCUAAAGAAGAAUGUGAACAAUACAGACCUGUUGUAUUUAGUAAUACAAUUCAAAGUUUAAUGGCAAUUAUACGAGCAAUGGGACUGUUAAAAAUUGGAUUUUCAGACUACAGUAAAACUGUAUAUAAAUAUAGUCUUAUCAUUAUUAUUACAAUAACAUUAUUCAAAAAAUUAUUCAUAUUUUUUAAAAAAAUUUUUUAGGAAAACGCUCGUCAAUUUUUUUCAUUAGCAAGUGAUACUGAAGAAGGUGAGCUAACAACAGAACUUGUUAAACUUAUGAAAAGACUGUGGGCAGAUUCCGGUGUACAAGAAUGCUUUUUGCGUUCAAGAGAAUAUCAACUAAAUGAUUCUGCUGCUUAUUAUCUAAAUGCAUUAGAUAGAAUAUCUUUACCAAAUUAUGUACCUACACAACAAGAUGUGCUACGGACAAGAGUGAAAACAACCGGUAUUAUAGAAACUAAUUUUUCAUUUAAAGGGUUGAACUUCAAGUAAGUGAUAAAUUUCAGUGUUUUAAACAAAUUAACCUAUAUUUUUUAAAAAUAAUUUUAGAAUGUUUGAUGUUGGUGGUCAAAGAUCAGAAAGAAAAAAGUGGAUUCAUUGCUUUGAAGGUGUUACAGCUAUUAUAUUUUGUGUUGCAUUAUCAGGUUAAUAAACUUAAACUUAAUUGUAUAAAAGAAUGUAUUUCAGUUUAACUAAAUAUAUUUUGAAUUUAUAGGUUAUGAUUUAGUAUUAGCUGAAGAUGAAGAAAUGAAUAGAAUGAUUGAAUCUAUGAAGCUGUUUGAUUCAAUUUGUAAUAGCAAAUGGUUUGUUGAUACUUCAAUCAUAUUGUUCUUGAAUAAAAAAGAUUUGUUUGAAGAAAAAAUACGAAGGAGUCCUUUAAAUUCUUGUUUUCCAGAAUACACAGGUAAAAUAUUAUUUCCAUAUAAUUUGACAUAAAUAUAUUUUAAAUUUUAAAAUAUAAUUUUCAGGGACUAAUAAUUAUGAAGAAGCCGCUGCAUACAUACAAAUGAAAUUUGAAAGUUUAAACAAAAGAAAAGAACAAAAAGAAAUUUAUACUCAUUUUACCUGUGCUACAGACACAAACAAUAUACAAUUUGUUUUUGAUGCUGUAACUGAUGUAAUUAUAAAAAAUAAUCUUAAAGAUUGUGGUCUUUUUUAAAAACUGAUAGCAAAAAUUUUAACUUGCAGACUAUUAAUUUUUUAAAUUAAAAUUUACCUGUUUUUUUUUUUUUUAUGACUGAUAAAAUUAUAAAGAUCUUAGCUGUUCUUAUUUGAUGUGCCAAAUAAUUUUAAAAUUUAAGUACUCAAAUAUUUAAUACUUUUCUUUAGAACUAUAACUCUGAGCCAAACAAUUUGUAUUUAGUGUAAGACUAAAAACCAGUAGGUAUUUUUUUUACUUUUUGUAUUUUAUACAUAGAUGCCCUAUAUUGUAUAAAAAAUUUUCUUUUUCUUUUGUAGCAUGUUAAUAAUUUUUGUUUGUAUAAUAUUUACAUGUAUGUUUUCGUUCAUUAAAUUUUAGUUACUUUUUGAAUUGCAAAAUACUUGCCUGUAAUAAUAUCCUUGUAUUAUGAAAAAUCAUACAAUAAAAUUAACUUCAGCCAUUCAGUAGAGUAUAUAAUAUCAAUACAAUUUGUAUUGUUUACAUUAAUAUUUUAAUACAAAAGGAUAUUUUGUAUAACUAAUAUGUUUUUUGUAUUAAGAUUGUGCUUUUUUUUUUGUCAUUAAAUGUGUCAAUUUUCCUCAAUGACUGAUUUAGUACUGGCUAAAUGAAUAAAUACCUAUACAUUAUUUUAAUUAUUGGCAGCUAUAAUACAAUUAAAUUUUUCAUAAUAUAAUGAACAUUUUCAAAUAGUUUUUUGUAAUUAAACAUUUAUUUUAAAAGUGUAUUUUUCUUUUUUUAAUGAUAAUUAUUAUUAUUAUGUAAGUAUUACUAUCCCUUUUUAAACGUAUUAUUAUUUUUUAAAUAAGAACCAUUAAAUUAACUAGUAUAAAUAACAUGAAUAUUAUUUUAUUUGCUUUUAGUAGUAUUAAUAUUAUUAUGUUAUAAUUUUUGUAAUAAUAUUACUAUGUUAUAAUUUUUUUAAUAAUAUUGAUAUGUUAAAAUUUGUUUAAUAAUUAUUAUGUUUGAAAUAACUUAAUUUAUUGUGUUAUUCAGAGUUUUAUACCUUGAUAAAAAUAUUUAAAGAAUAAUGUUUUUUUAGUAAAUUAAAGUUUCGAUACUGACUAAUCUAUAUUUUAAGCAGCUACUUAUUUCUGUGUGAAAUAUAAAAUAAUUCUUAAGACAUUUAGUACUUAGUUACCAAUAGUAUUC